UCGGUGUAUGGGCUGGGGGAGCUGCGGGCAGGGCGGGCCUGGCUGGGUGCGGGAGGUGCUGUGGGGUCCGGCUUCCCCGUGGCGCGUUCUGUGGGGCCGCCCGGAGCCGAUGGCGACAAAUGGGGUCGGGGUCUGGGCGUGGAGGGAGGGAGGGGGCCGGGCAGCGCGGGGCCGGGCCGCGGCAUGGCAUCGAAGGCUGCCGCGAGGUGAAGCUUCGGGCCCCCGCGGUGUCUGGCGUGCGGAGCGGGCGCAGCCUGGCACCGCGUGGUGGAUCCUGGCACAGAGCAUCGCUGGGGAGCGGGAGGAAUCCCCGCUGUCUGGAUCACGGCUGUGGCGCCGGUCGGUCCCUCGUCACACCUGUGCCCUUACCCUGGACUCUGCGGGCUAGGAUCGCGCGCCGGGCUUUGCCAGCACGAUUUCCUCCUUUGGCAUCAGGGAGGGGGGUGGGGGGAGACACGAAUGUGCGACUGCAGCAUCCUCGCAUUCACGGACGCAUCCCUCGCGCCUCCUCGCCGUUGCUGUAGCAACCUCCCGUCGGUGGGGUAUUUAUAGAGGAGAGCUGAGAAGCGUGGGGCGGACGGGGCUGGGUGGGUGUCUGCCGGGUCAGCCUCCAGCUUCUCUCAUACGGUGGGUGGGUGCUCAGGCAGUGCUGCUCGCCGGCUGCCGGCCCUCCCGCUCAUCUCACCUGGGGGCGGCCAGGGAUCUGCGUGUGGAAAUUAAAAAUAAAUACCCGUGUUGCUCACCCUUGUUGCGUGCGCCCGAGCAGGCAGCUCUUGUGCUUGCAGGCUUGUGCAGAGCAGGCUUAUUGUUGUGCUGGAAUAAACAGUCUCUUGUUUCUGACGCUGGGUGGUGCAUUGGCACAGAUGUUUGGGGAAAAAAAAGUUAAAACUGAUGAAAUUGAUCAUUACUGUACUUUUAUACCUGCGGUGUCAGGCUCCAUGAAUGUAAAGCGUGCUUCAUGGAGCCUGGGAUCCUGGCAAGUCUAGUCUUGAAUAUGUUUAUUUCCGUGACUCGAAUUCUCGUGUGUAUCAGGUAGAGAAGGUGUGAUGCUCAUUGCCUGUAAUAAUGAGUGGCACGAAGUUUGUGUACUGUGUGGAUGCUGGGGCAAAUUUUCUUUGCAGCCUGUUCUUUGAUACAGAGGAUUUGAGUUUCUUCAUUAAAACAGACAGCAACAAAAUCAGGUCAGUAUCUGCUCACAGCUGACAGAACCUAUAAGGGAAUGUGCGGCUCCUGCAGCCUGUGUGCUCCCAUCAGACUUGGGAAUGUGGUUUGGAGGAGCAAGAUCAAGUGUUCCAUUCCUUGUGAAGAGAAAUGUGGAUGAAUGCCCAGCCUGGGGAGUGCGAGAUGGCAAAUCUGUCACAUGUAAUUGUUCUGUUGCUUUCCCUCUGUCCUGUUUAAAUCCCAGGCUAGGUGUUGCAGGAUUUCUCAGUCUGUUUAAAAUAAACUGUUCUUUGCUGAUGGAAAGCAGCUCCAAGCAUCGCCGGUCUCUUACUGCUUUUGGUACAAAAAACACGCGAAGCCUGAUUUUGGCAGUGAGAGACGUUAGCUUUACUGAGGAGGUGUUUGUUGGUGAGAUCUGAUACCUCCUGAUGUAGCAAUACGCCAGCACUGUUGUGUGCCUGGAUUCCAGCCUUUUGAGUGAAAUGGGAAGUGUGUUUCCUGUGCUGCUGACCCAGCGGAUGGCUUUGUACAGCCACUGACCUCACCCCAGCAGAGAGCUAAUUGAAGCGCUUUGGGGAUUACUCUGAAUAUCUGCAGUCCUGGACCUCAGAUCAGCUCAUUUUAGUUCCUGCUGUUUCUAAACUGCCUUUGCUGCUACAUCCACAAUACAUCCCUGUGGGAGCUGGCUCAGUCUUUUGAUGGAGUUGUGGUUUUGUCACAGCAAGGAGUCAUGGAAGGUGAGAGAUGAGUUUGGCCAGGAUGGUCUGAUCUGUGGGAUCUUAAGCGCAGUGAAAAGACAAAACGUGGAAAAUAAAUGAGUGGAAUUCCUCCUGCAAGCAGAUAAUAGUUUACUCCUUUACUGAACUUCACUGUUGUGGGGUUUUUUUUUUUGUUUUUGAAGUGUGAAAGGUGCUUUUCUAGCAGGAGAGUUGGCAUCCUGAAUAUGCAGGAAGUGCUGCUGUUGCUCUGAGCUUUGCCAAACACCCUUUAGGACAUGCAUAUCCUUUUCUCUCCUGUUAAAUACUCAGCUUGAUGGUAAUGGAGAAAACAAUCCAGCCAUCCUUACUGCAUACUGUGGGUAAGCGUUACAGAAGUGAGAAUUUACAUGACUGUGCAAUGGAUGCAAAAUGAGUUUAUCUGUAUCCAUCAAUCCUGUCUCGGAGGGAAGAGCACCAGUCUGUUCCCAGCGCCUUCCAACUCUCAGGUCGUCCUAUAUGCUGAUCCUGAUCUUCCUGGUUAGCUUGUGUGUUUGCCUCCUGGGGCAGCAUAGGUCCUGCAGGCACCUGCCAUGGGCAGCUGAUGGUAGCAAGCAUGUCAGGCAGAGGGAGGCUCUGGUGUCAGGUGUACUCUGUGUCCAGCAGAGCAUUGUUGAUCACUCACCAAUUACAUGGUCCUCGUUGGCUGUGCCUUGUUUCCGUGAAUGGGAGACUCUCCCUUUUGCUCUUGGUGCUGGGUGUAUUGGAGUCUGCUUCUCUCAGAGGAAUUGUCGCUUUCGAAGCAUUCUUUAUUCUGUGAAUUCAAAGGUUAGGAGAUUAGCUGGUUGCAAGGUUGGGCUGACAGUUUCAUGGGUCUACAGAUAGCACCCUGCUUUCUGCAUCAUUCUGAUCCAGGAUGGUGGAGGGAUCAGGCUUUAGUGUCUGCUGGGCUGCAAUUGAAGCUCUUGAUGACUCUCCUAUUUUCUUCCCUGCAGGUAGGUGGGAGUCCCCUGCAGCCGAGCAAGGCAGCAUGGCAAUGUUCUUGGGGGCCAGGAAUGCCCACUCAAUCCUGAAGCGCUUUCCCCGAGCCAACGGCUUCCUGGAGGAGAUCCGGCAGGGCACCAUCGAGCGGGAGUGCAUGGAGGAGGUCUGCAGUUACGAGGAGGUCAAGGAAGUGUUCGAGAACAAGGAGAAGACAAUGGAGUUCUGGAAGGGCUACACCAACUCUGUGUACUCUGUCAAGGACCCUGGGCACAGCACGGAGCGCUCAGAUGCUAUGUACGUGGUAGUGCCCCUCUUGGGAGUGGCUCUUCUGAUAGUCAUCGCCCUCUUCAUCAUCUGGAGGUGCCAGCUGCAAAAGGCCACCCGUCACCGCCCUUCCUACGCCCAGAACCGCUACCUGGCCAGCCGAACAGGACGCAGCCUCCCCAGGGUCAUGGUGUACCGUGAGCGGUCACAGAGCCAAGGGGAAACUCAGUAUCAGCGAGAAGCAAGCAACCGAGGGGCUGGAGACAGCAGAGCAGGGGGCACCCCCCAGCCAGAGGGCACUCUCUGUCCACCAGAGCACUCGGUCUCUGUCCUCUCCAGACUGUCCAGUGCCACCCCUCCACCGUCUUACGAGGAAGUUACGGGACACCCAGACAGCAGCAGCGGCGAAGAGACCAGCAUCUCCUACAACGACCCUCCACCAAAGUAUGAGGAAAUUGUGGCUGCUGCUCCCACUGCAGGCAAAUAGAGGGUCUGCCUCUCUCUUGCCUCUUCACACACUCAUGCUCAUGCACCCACACCCCUUGCCAUGCCCAGAACCUUGUUCAGGUGGCAUUGAUAUCCCUGUAUCACUUGUACAAGCUGGUGCCAUCACACAAUAGCCUUACCUUCCUUACCAAAAAACAGCUGUCCCCAAGCAGGGUGAGGGUGGGAUGUGGGGCUCUGGGUUCAACCAGCUAUCCCCCUUCCCCUUGCUCCCUGCUCACAUAAGUGCUGCAGCAGCCAGAGCAGAGCAGCAGCUUGUUCCUGGCUCAACUGGGGGUCCUCCCUACGGUGCAUUGGAUUUCUUCACUUCCCCUCAGACAUAACACUUCCCAUGACUAAAACAGCCUCACUGCCUCUCUAGGACUCUGCUCAGCCUUACCCUGUGUGCAUGCUGGCUCAUGGACCUUAGGCACGUGUGGUGCUGGGAUUGGUCUUUUCCAUAACCAAGUCAGCAGGGGCUGGUUUGUGAUAUGCUGAGACCCCAGUCCUCACUGUCUUCUGUUUGAUGCUUGGUGCUCUGAAGAGAAGGUGAGGAGGCAGGAGCGGUGCUUGUUUCUGUCCCCAUGGUUUGUGACCAGGGAGAAAAUUCCUUCUUUGUGUGGAUUUGCUGCCUGUGGGAGUGGGGAACCCGGUCCAUCCUGUUGUGCCUGUAGUGAUAUUUGUUACUGGGAGAAAGAGGAGGGACUGGGCAAGAAGGUGCUUUGUGAUCUAGAACCCUUUGGAAAGGGAGGAAGGUUUGUGGUGGUCUUGCACGUGAGGUAAGUUGCUUUGGAACCAUGAAGAUGGCUGCACAGCUUUAAGCAGUGGGGAUGUACCUCCUUUCUGCAGGUGCCUGCCUCACCUGUUUGGUGUCCUCACUAGGUGUGGGAUGCAGGCACAGGGAGGCUGCAGAUGUGCCAAAUCUCCCUUCAGCCUUCCCCUAACCUCUCAGUCCUGGCUCUCUUUCCAAGGCUUUUGUCCUUCAAGCCGCUCUGGUGGGCAGAGCACAUGGCCAGGGCCAUGGUGCAGAGGGCCUGUCGGCAGAGAUGGCUGCAAAGGUGAACAAUGAUUGUGCAACCAACCAGGCUCUGGCAGCUGGGGAUGCUGAUGGCACAGGAGCAGAGCUGGCCCCUUGGAGCCAGGGCAGGGUAGAGCACGUGCUUUGCCCUGGGACCAGCGUGUCCCCUUCUCCUAGGCAGCCACUUCUGGGCUCUGUGCGAUGGGGCUGUCCUUUCCCAGUCAUGUCUGAUGGGCCAUAAGGGGGUUCUUCUCACCAGCCCUCAGUACCAGCCCAGAACCUUGUAGCACUGCCGCCCUGUAGCAUUCACCCCAGCACCAGUCUCCACCAGCACCAGAAGGCUGUGGUGUACCUGCAGGCUGCCCACACCCGCUGUCCUUUGUCCCAGUGAUGCUCUCAGCCUGGAGCUGAGGCUUGCCCAGCAUGGCUGUCCCUGGGGCAGGAUACAAGCCCGUGGGGUCUGCAGCUGCCAGCACCUCAUCUGUCCCCUGCCAGGCCUUCACGCUGCCUUUUGGCCUUAGUAAAUGCAGGUGAUGGGACAACCUGGCAAUGAGUGCCAGGGUCAGAGCUGGGAAAGACUGGAGGGAGUCAGAGGGCAUUCUUGGAUCCUCUGUCUUUGAUGCACGGUCAUUACCUUUGCGGUUUGUAUUCUGUAAAACUUGGUAUAUUUCUGUGCAAAAAGGUAUUUAUUAAAAAACCCUCACUGUCUAAA